AUGCAGGGCCCCGCAUCUCCCCCUUCCCCCUUCCCAAGCCACGGGGGUUUCCCCCCAAUUGGCGAGCCCUGGGCCCCCAUCUUUACCCCUUCGCGACUGGUCGACCCUGGCAUGCCAGGGCCCCUCCAAAGGUCCCCCCCCAGGGGUUUCUCCUUGCCCAGGAAAUCUCGCAACGGGGGAGACAACCUGAUGGGCUGGGUCUUCCACGGGGGGGAAAGGGGGAAACCCCUUAAGGUGUCCAAAUAUUCUAAUUUGGUGGCCCCGGGUUAUCCCAAUUUAACAGGCCCCAUCCCGGGUUUCGCGGGUUUUUGGCCCGGGCCCGCGGGGACUUUCCUAAAAAAAAGGUAUCAAGACUCCAAGGAACUGGGAUAG